GUGUUUCCAUCCUGGCCACGGUGCCUUGGCUAGGUCUGCACUACGUCCCGGAGAGUUUACAAAGGAGAAAAGGCCCGAGAGGCCCUGAAACAUUCCAGCAGCUUUUUCUGGGGGAGCAAAGAAGUGCGCGAAGGGCUGUUGGCCAGCUGGGGGGGGGCACUGCAGAACCCUUGGCCAGACGGCCCGAAGAGGUGGAGGAGCUAAUAGGGGAGGCACUUCCUGUGGGUGCCCAUUGAGAUCUGAUGGCUCCGGGUCCCCCAGAGGGGCAUUUGAAAAAACGUUCAAAAUUGUUUUUACCUAUAAUUGGGGAAAAUAAAACAUUAAAGUCUGGGAAGGGAGGCGGGGCCAGAUGGAGGUGCUGUAGGAGUAGGGAGUCACUGGUCUGGCUGUGCUGAUGGAAAAUCAUUUGAGUGACUAGAUGGGGGGGCUCUGCCUCCAGGCGGGCCGGAAGGGAUGAAGGGGGCGGAGCCGAGAGGCUCCAUCCGGGCGCCAUCUUGGAUAAGUCCUCCCCUGGGCCGAGGCUGGCACCUUCUCCAUAACAGGAAAUGCUGAGGGAGUGGGGCGCUGUGCUUUAGACUUCAGGGUUUAAGAUGCUGGUCUGGAAGGGCAGGGCAGGGCGCCGAGGAGGUCCGAAAGAGUCCCGGAUCUGGGGUGGCCUGGCCCUAACAGCGCUUUCCUCGAGCUGCUGAGGCUGUCUCGCUGUGGCAGGAAGGAAUGGGGGAGGGGGGCUCCAGGUCCCAGAGUCUUGCUCAGGGCGUCAGGAAUCCGAGCUCCAGCCCUUCCCCCUCUUCUUUGAAGCCACGGAGGGGCCUCAUCUAUGGCCAGUGCUUCAGGGCUCAGUGGGCAUAGAGUCCGGCCUGGAGACCGGAAGUCCCGGGUUCAAAUCUGGCCUCAGGACUCCCCGUGUCCGAAGAGGAAGUGAAGGUCCUGUUUGAGAGGGCAGAAGCCCCCCGGAGGUCAAAGAGACGCGCAUCCGGUACCCUGACUCCAGAUUCCAUUAGUCAAGAGCCCCGCUAUGGAACCAAGAAAUCAAAUUCGAUGCAGAACAGUUCCAUGGAGACAACAUCAUUCAAGAACAACCAACCAAAGGUUCCUCAUGGGCAUUCCAAAAUGAGAGGUGCUAGAAAAAAUGAUGUUAAUUUAAAGAAACUGAAGGGCAACAUAAAGAAACAAUCCAGACGAAAACCAGUCACUCCUAGAACAACUCUUAGUAAGAGGAAGAGGGGACCUGGUGGAAAUUUUAGGUUGGGAUCAGUCUUUGUUCCACUGUGGAAAAGGAAAAGUUUCAAAAACUAUGAGACACUUAGAAUGAGGUUUGGGGAUUUUUCAGCCAGAAGGAAGAGCCUAUCUAAGUAUAACAAAUGUAGAAAGCCCUUCAUUUACCACUCAGACCUAAUUAAAUUUCAUAGACAACAUAUCAGAGAGAAACAUUAUGGACACAGUAAAUGUGGGAAAGCCUUUGGGAGACAAUCAAAUCUUGUUAGACAAUUAGGCAUUCUUACAGGACAGAAAUAUUACAGAUAUAACACAUAUUGGAAAGCCUUUAAUCGGAAGGGAGAACUGAUUGAUCAGAGAAUUUCUCGUAGGGUAAAAUGCUUUAAGUGUAAUGUGUGUGGGAGAGCUUUCAUGAAGAAAAAAAUACUUAAAAAUCAUAAGAAAAUUCAUACCAGAAAGAAAUACUUUGAAUGUAAUGAAUGUAGGAAAAGCUUCAGACGAAAGCAAGAUCUUAAUACCCAUAAGAAAACUCAUGCUGAAGUGAAACCGUUUGAAUGUAAUGAAUGUGGUAAAAGCUUUAGACAGAAGGCACACUUUACUAGACAUUGUAAAGUUCAUCCUGGAAUGAAAUUAUUUGAAUGUAAUAAAUGUAAGAAAGUCUUUGGGGAGAGGAGAAGCCUUGUUACCCAUCAAAAAUCUCAUACUAGAGAGAAACCUGUCAUGUGUAAGAAAUGUGGGAAUGCUCUCAGUGAGUGUAAAUCUCUUAAAAGCCACCAGAAAAGUCAGAGUGGAGAGAAACCUUUUGAAUGUGAUGUAUGUAAGAGAACCUUCAGUCUGAAGGGACAUCUGGUUUCUCAUCAGAGAACUCAUACGACAGUGAGACCAUUUGAAUGUAAUGUAUGUGGGAAAUCCUUCAGUCAGAAGGGACACUUGGUUUCUCAUCAGAAAAUUCAUAAAUGUAAUGUAUGUGGGAAAAUGGUCAGUGACAGUACUGGGCUCAAAAGCCAUCAGAAAAAUGCUGGAGAGAAUCUCUUGGCAUGUAAUGAAUGUGGAGAAGGUUUCAUACAGAGGUCAUACUUUGUUAGACCCUUUGAAUGUAAUCAGUGUGGGAAAGCCUUUGAUACAGAGAAGGACCUUAGUACACACCAGAAAACUCAUACAGGUGAAAAAUCCUUUAAAUGUAAUGAAUGUGGGAAAGGCUUUUGUCAGAGGGAAAAUCUUAUGAAACAUCAGACAACUCAGACUGGGGAGAAACCCUUUGAAUGUAAUCAGUGUGGGAACGCCUUUGAUACAGAGGAGGACCUUAGUACACACCAGAAAACUCAUACAGGUGAAAAAUCCUUUAAAUGUAAUGAAUGUGGGAAAGGCUUUAGUCAGAGGGAAAAUCUUAUGAAACAUCAGACAACUCAUACUGGGGAGAAACCCUUUAAAUGUAAUCAGUGUGGGAAUACCUUUCAUACAGAGGAGGACCUUCGUACACACCAGAAAACUCAUACAGGUGAAAAAUCCUUUAAAUGUAAUGAAUGUGGGAAAGGCUUUAGUCAGAGGGAAAAUCUUAUGAAACAUCAGACAACUCAUACUGGGGAGAAACCCUUUAAAUGUAAUCAGUGUGGGAAUACCUUUCAUACAGAGGAGGACCUUCGUACACACCAGAAAACUCAUACAGGUGAAAAAUCCUUUAAAUGUAAUGAAUGUGGGAAAGGCUUUAGUCAGAGGGAAAAUCUUAUGAAACAUCAGACAACUCAUACUGGGGAGAAACCCUUUAAAUGUAAUCAGUGUGGGAAUACCUUUCAUACAGAGGAGGACCUUCGUACACACCAGAAAACUCAUACAGGUGAAAAAUCCUUUAAAUGUAAUGAAUGUGGGAAAGGCUUUAGUCAGAGGGAAAAUCUUAUGAAACAUCAGACAACUCAUACUGGGGAGAAACCCUUUAAAUGUAAUCAGUGUGGGAAUACCUUUCAUACAGAGGAGGACCUUCGUACACACCAGAAAACUCAUACAGGUGAAAAAUCCUUUAAAUGUAAUGAAUGUGGGAAAGGCUUUAGUCAGAGGGAAAAUCUUAUGAAACAUCAGACAACUCAUACUGGGGAGAAACCCUUUGAAUGUAAUGAGUGUGGGAAAGCCUUUGGUGAGAAGCGAACCCUUAGUAGACAUCAGAAAACUCAUUCUGGAGUGAAACCCUUUGAAUGUAAUGAAUGUAAGAAAGUCUUCAGCCAUAGAACAGACCUUAUUAUCCAUCAGAGAAUUCAUACUGGAGAAAAAAUGUUUGAAUGUAAUGUAUGUAGGAAGUCCUUCAGUAAUAGGAGAAACAUGCUUUCUCAUCAGAGAUCUCAUACUAGAGAAAAACCUUUUGAAUGCAAUGAGUGGGGGAAAGCCUUCAGUAAGAAUAAGGUAUUUGAAAAUCAUUGGAGAAUUCAUACUGGAGAGAAAGCCCUUAGCCGUGAUGAAUGUGAGAACAGUUUCAUGAAGAAGGCAUACCUUAAUAGACAUCAGAGAAGUCACACUGGAGAGAAGCCCUUUAAGUGUUAUGAGUGUGGGAAAGGUUUCCACCAGAAGACACACUUCAAUUAUCAUCAGAAAAUUCAUGCUAAAACAAAAAAAUUUGUGCGUAGGAAGUGUAAGAAAGCCUUUGGUGACAAGGUUCUCCUUAAUAGACAUCAGAAAACUCAUUCUGGACUGAAACCUUUAAAAUGUAACGAAUGUAAGAAAACCUUUAACCAAAGGACAAGCCUUAUUAUCCAUCAGAGAACUCAUACUGGAGAGAAACCCUUUAAAUGCAAUGAAUGUGGGAAAGCCUUCACCCAAAAGGCAAUCCUUAUUAACCAUAAGAGACUUCAUACUGGAGAGAAACCCUUCACAUGCAAUGAAUGUGGGAAGGGCUUUAUCCAAAAGGUUGUCCUUAUUAACCACCAGAGAACUCAUACUAGAGAAAAACCUUUCACUUGUAGUGUGUCUGGGAAGAUCUACAGUAAUAGUAAAACAGCCAAAAGUCAACAGAGAAUUCAUCCUGGAGAGAAGCCCUUUUCUUGUGGAGAAUGUGGAAAAGGCUUUAACUGGAGAGCAAACCUUAAUAGACACCAGAAAAUUCACACUGGAGAGAAACCCUUUAAAUGUAAUGUAUGUGGGAAAGCCUUCAGUGAAAAGAAUUAUCUUAUUACCCAUCAGAGAACUCAUACUGGAGAGAAGCCUUUUACAUGUAAUGAAUGUGGGAAAGCUUUCAGCCGACGAACAAACCUUAUUUCUCAUCAAAGAAUUCAUACUAGAGAAAAACCUUUUAAGUGCAGUGAAUGUGAAAAAGCCUUCAGUAGGAAGAAAACCCUCAAAAAGCAUCAGAGAACUCAUUCUGGAGACAAAUCCUUUGAGUGUAAUGUAUGUAAGAAGAACUUCAGUCAUAGGGGACAUCUGGUUUCUCAUCAGAGAACUCAUAUUGGAGAGAAACAUUUCACAUGUAGCGAAUGUGGAAAGGUCUUCAGUCGACGGACAGCCCUUAUUAGACAUCACAAAACUCAUUCUGGAGAGAAACCUUUCAAGUGUACUGAAUGUGGGAAAUCCUUCCGUGAAAGCGAAACCCUCAAAAGGCAUCAGAGAAUUCAUACUGGAGAGAAACCAUUUGAAUGUAAUAUAUGUGGGAAAGCCUUUACCCAGAGGGGACAUAUGGUUUCCCAUCAGAGAACUCAUACCACAGUGAAACUCUUUGAAUGUAAUGAAUGUGGAAAAAUCUUCAAUGGGAAGGAUAAUCUUAUUACCCAUCAGAGAACUCAUACUGGAGAGAGAUCUUUCAUAUGUAGUGAAUGUGGAAAAGCCUUUGGUAAGAAUGAAGCCCUCAAAAAGCACCAGAGAGUUCACACUGGAGAGAAACCGUUUGAAUGCAAUGUAUGUAGGAAAGCCUUUAGUCAGAAGGCACACCUGAUUUCUCAUCAGAGAACUCAUUCUGCAGUGAAACUCUUUGAAUGUAAUGAAUGUGGAGAAACCUUCAAGGAGAAGAAUCGUCUUAUUGCCCAUCACAAAACUCAUCCUGGAAUGAAACCUUUCUCCUGUACUGAAUGUAAGGAAACCUUCAGUGAGAGUAAAGAGCUCAAAAAGCAUCAGAAAAUUCAUGCUGGUGAGAAAUCCUUUGAUUGUAAUCAGUGCACGAAAACUUUUGAUAAGAAGGAACACCUUGUUGCACACAAGAAAAUCCAUACUGAAGAGAAACGAUUUGAGUGUGGUGAAUGUGGGAAAAGAUUUAGCCGGAAGGAAAAUCUUUUUCGACACCAGGUAAUUCACACUGGGAAGAAACCCUCUGAUCGUAAUAAAGCUGGAAUCCAGAAGAUGCACUUCAUUUAUCAUCAGGGAAGUAAUGGAAAAAACCCCUUUGAAUGUAGUGAGUGUGGGAAAACCUUUAGUGAGAAGCGAACCCUUAACAGACAUCAGAAAACUCAUACUGGAGUGAAACCCUUUAAAUGUAACGAAUGUAAGAAAUCUUUCAGCCGAAGGACAAUUCUUAUUAUCCAUCAGAGAACUCAUACUGGAGCAAAACCCUUUACAUGUAACGAAUGUGGCAAAUCCUUCAGCCAGACAGGGCACGUCAUCCGCCACCAGAGAACUCAUACUGGAACGAAACCCUUUGAAUGCAAGGAAUGUGGGAAAUCCUUCAGUGAGAAGGAUCAUCUCAUUACCCAUCAGAGAACCCAUACUGGAGAGAAACCCUUUGUGUGCGAUGAAUGUGGGAAAGCCUUCAGCCGAAGGACAAUCCUUAUCACCCAUCAGAGAACACAUACUGGCGUGAAACCUUUUGAAUGUAAAGAAUGUAGGAAAGCUUUCAGCCAGCGGGGGCACCUCAUAUAUCAUCAGAGAAUUCAUACUGGAGAGAAGCCUUUUGACUGUAAUGAAUGUGGAAAAGGCUUCAGCUGGAGGGCAAACCUGCUUACUCAUCGGAGAACUCACAUUGAAACGAAACCCUUUUCAUGUAAAGAAUGUGGGAAAACCUUCUCCGAGAGGCAAGACCUUUACAGACAUAAGAGAACUCAUACUUCAUCAAACUCCUCUUGAAAGUAAUGUCUGUGGGUAGGCUUUUGAUGAAAGGCAGACUGUUAAAAGACAGAAGAGAAAGAACCCUGAGCUGAUAUCUUUUGAGUGUCAUUAGUAUGGGAAACCCUUUAGUGAGGUGAAAGUAUUCAAAAGCCACCAAAGAUGUCAUACUGGGGAGAAAGGGUUAGGACAUGAUGAGAUGGCCUGGUUGAAAGCUGAUUUCUUACAUUAGCUUAGUGCUGUUUGCACGCAUUCACCAGUCAAAACUUCUCUUUGCCUUUUCUCCCUACCUAACCUCUCUGCUGACCUCCAAUUCACAUUUCCAGUUGCCUUUCAGACACCUCAGACUGAAUGUCUAGUAGACAUCAAGCUAAAAAUCUCCAACACAAAAUUCCCAUUUCCUUCUAAGCCCUUUCCCUUCCUAUCUUCCCUAUUACUGCAGAGGACAACACCAUCUUCCUAGGCUCUCAGGAUCACAGCCUAGGAGAUCCUGAAUUCCUUGCUCUCUCUCACCCUGCCAUAUUUCAGACUUUUACCAAGGCCUGUUGAUUUCACCUCUGUAACAUGUCAUAGGUACCGCCUUUUCUUCUCUGACACUGCCACUGCUAUAGUGCAGACCCUCAUCACUUCAGAUCUGGACUAUUGCAGUAGCCUGCUGGUGAGUCAGCUUGCUCCAGCUCUCUCCCCACCCCAAUCCAUUCUUCAACCAUCCAGGUGAUUUCCCAAAAAGUAGACCUGCCCAUGUUGCUUCUCUACUUAAAUUCUGGUGGUACCUGUUGACUCUAGGAUCAAAUACAAAAUGCUCCAUUUGGCAUUCAAGCAAGUCAUUCAUAACUUGGCCCCCUCCUACCUUUCCAGACUUCUUUUAAGUCUCCCCACCAUGUAUUCUUCAGUCCAGGGAUACUAGUCUUCUGGCUGUCCCAUGAACAAAAUGGUCCUGUCCCAGCAUUUUCGAUUGUCGAUUGUCCCCCAUGCUUGGAAUUCUCUUCCCCUCAAUUCCAGCUACUGACUUCCCUGCUUUCUUUUAAGUCUCAACUAUAGCCCUAUAUUUUACCUUCCCCAUUUCUGGUGCCUUCCCACUGUUAUUUCCUAUUUAUCUUGUAUAUAGUUUGUUUUGUAUAUAUCUGUAUGUUACCCCAUUGGAUGGUAAGCUCUUUGAGGGCAGGACUGGCCUUUUCCUUUUUUUUUUUCCUGGAGUUUAGCCCAGUGCCUGGCACACAGUAAGCAAUAAAUGUUUAUCAUUUGACAAAGAAAAGAUAGCAGAACCUCCAGGGAGGAGUUCAAAAGAUGAAUAGAAUAACUCCUCUGGUGGGUAUCAUAGUUUCUGGAGAUUCUGCCCAAUGGAAUAUGCUAUUCCAGGAAGGGUCAUAAGGGGCAGUGCCAGGGCUAAUGGCAAUAUGGAUAGUGUGUAUGGCUGGAGGGAUGUCCAGUACCUUCACAUCCCAAUAUUCCAUAAGAUGGCAGGAGAGUCCCACAAGUCAGUGGAACAAAUGGGAGUGGUUCAGAAUUUGAUUUCGUAAUUGAUCAUUUUCCCUAAACCACUGCUCAGCUAUUUGUUUACUUAGGGGUAAAUUCAUCCAUGUUUCUUCUUGUUUUUUUUUUUUAAAUUAUUCUAAGUGUAACAAAAAAAUCAAAGAUGAAAACAAGACUAAAACCCUUUGAAACAGUAAGUUUUAUUUAUACUUAAACCAAAAGUGUGUAUUUUAAUGUGACCAAAAAAAGGUCUUUGUUGUCUGCCAUUGUGCUUCAGCUGCUUUUCUCUGUCCCUCUGGCUUCUUGCCAUUGGCAAGUUCCUCCUGGAACUUCUAUUUGAGGGAGGUCUAGUUCUGCUGCCUCCCCUGCCACCACCAGAGCCUUUCAUUCUCUGAAUUUUGCUGCCAGUUGGCCCUACCCUUUCCGGCCCCCUUUUCUGCAUUGUCUCAUUAGAAUGGAAGCUCCCUGAGAGCAUGAACUGUCUGCUGGCUUCCCUUCAGAUCUUCUGUGCCUGAAACAUUGUAAGUGUACUUAUUCAUGCUUGUUGACUUUGGAAUUUUCUGUUUCAUAUGGGUGAUGAUGUUUCUUAUGGACUCCUACUUUUGAUGGCUUUGACGUUCUUCUUGUUCAUUCUUCCCCUUGUACGUACGGCCCAAACAUCUUUUCCUUUAGAAUUUGCAGAUGAGAUGAUAAUGAGCAGAGCUCUGGGCCUCCUUGGAAAUACCCGAGUUUAGAUACAAUGCUUACUGUGUUGCCCUGGGUAACUCCUGCCUGCUUCAGUUUCCUCAACUGUGAAAUGGGGAUAAUAAUAGCACUUCCUGCCCCACGAGGGUCGGGUCGAUGUGAGGAUCAGAAGAGAUGUUUGCAAAUGACUUAGCACAAUGCCUGAGCCCUAAGUGGCCACUUGUAAAUGCUUAGCUGCUAUAAUUGUCGUCAUUAGAGAUGUGUCCUUUCUUGGGGCACGACAGUAUUCUGUGAUUUUCUAAAAACCCGCUUACCCAUUUCUCCCAGUCAGAGAAGAUGAAGGGGGGUGUUGCUAUUAUGAACAAUGCUUCUGUGAGUAUUUUUGUGCAAAUAGAUGUCUAUAUCCCUAUUACUGCUAUUGUACCCUGAUGCAUGAGGUCUUAUGUAAAAGCUGUUGGGCACAGGAUGGAAUUUCUGACUCCGAGAGAGAUUUGGGUCUUUUCUUUGUUUGGGAAAAGUCCCCAGCGUAAGCCCAACGCACCAAGCGCCACCAUCAGCCCCAUCGCGGCUGUCUCGGUUGUCAGUACUUUGGUGGGUCCUCUGGUACCUGGUACCUUUCACAGCUCCGAUUCUCUACAGCUACCAACCCCAUUUGCAGACUUUAUUUCAUUUGUUCCUUAUAAUUAUUGUCAUUUUCCCAGCUGUUGCUUCUAUAGGUCUUCUGUUGGGCACACCCACGAAUCAAGUCUCCAACUACAUUGUUUUUCUCAUUUUUUUCCUGUUUUAAGAAAUUAUUAACCACGGCAGACAUCAUAUCUGUACACAGAUGAACAGAAAAAGAGGGGCUUAGGGCCAUCUCAGAACCAGGAGUGGCCACCAGAAGGGGACAUCUCGCUUGUGUCCAGACCCCAAGCCUUUGUAGAAUGACGUGGCGAUGAGCCGCCACCAGAGGCAUCCAUCGGGCCACCCCUUCCCCCCCUCUUGACUCCUCAUGCUUUUUAUUUUCCUGAGAUGGAGCACCACCAAGCUUUAUUAUCCAACCUGUCCCCUUCUCCCAAGAACCUCCAAGCCUUACCAUAUGCUGUGCCUCUGCCCUUCAGUCCCCGACCUCUUCUUGCCUAAAGAAAGCCCUAUCCCCGUGGCACCUCUUGACCUUGCCGUGCCCCCCCUGCUGCGCCCUUCUGCUCUGUACUUGAACUUUCUGAUGUGUUUCCUCCCCCCAGUGAGAGUGUGCGCUCCCAGAGGGCAGACCCUGUCCUGGUUUCCUAUUUGUCCCCCCAGUGCUAGCCCUAUGCUUGGUGUGUCGUGAGCACUCGAUGUUUAUUUAUAACUGUUGAAAUUAAUUCUGAACAUGAGAAACACCAGUGAUAAGCUAGCAUUUCCAUCUGUGUAAGAGAACGAAAGCAAGAUUUCACGUGGAACGGAAUCGCAAUCACUUUAGCUUGUGUGUGUGUGUAGCUGUGUAAUAAAUUCAAGUGUGACUUUCAAGCUUGA